AUGAAUAAUUGGAAGCCCUCAUUGACAGAUUUUUUGGACUUAACAGAGCAUCUUAAAAAGCCUUUUUACAGACAUGAUAGUAGAGAAAAGGAAGCCAGUAAAGUUGUAUUUGACGAUUUGUCGAAUCUGAUAUGGGUUGGUGAUAGCUAUGCCCGUGUUUCCUCUUACUAUGGUGGCUCCCUUUCGUUGUAUUCUCGUUACACUGCUAAUAUUGGAGGUCUGCCUGUUAACGAUAUUUUGACCCAUAGAGAAGGUAUACUUUCAUUAAAUGAGGACUCAUUGCAUUUUGCCAAUCGUCGAGGUGUCACGAUGAUGAACUUGACCAGUGUUGAUGUUGCUGCAUUUAGUGGAUUAAGAUCUAUGUGUUUUGGUGGUGCAGAAUACGUAAACCAUGUGUACUGUGCUGGUACAAAUCCAAAUUCAGGUAUUGUUCGCAUUGAUUUGAACAGAGGUACUCCAAGUUCUGUUAUAAGUUAUCCUCAUAAGGUGAAACACAUGUGCUCGAACAACAAGGUAAUAUCAGUGGGGAAACAGACAGGUGGUGUAGAUAUACUAGAUCCUCGGUCGAAUAGCGUCGUAAGAACUUUCUCAGCUCAUUCUGGCACCAUAUCUUCUAUGGACUCUAAGGAUUAUACUUUGGUUACCGUGGGGAAAUCAAAAAGGUUUAACAAUAUGUACGCUGAUCCGUUUGUGAACGUUUACGAUUUGAGAACUAUGCAACAGCUACCACCAAUAUCUUUCUCUAAAGGAACGACUAUGGGUGCAGGUGGUGCAGAUUUUGUGCAAUUACACUCCUUACUACCCACGGUAAUGGUUGUAGGUUCAGCUUCAGGCUCGUUUGAUUUUGUAGAUUUGGCGAAUCCAACACUGCGAACACAGUACAUUCAUCCAAGUCAAUCAAUAAAAAGUAUGGCUUUGUCACCAAAUGGUGACUAUUUGGCCUUCACGGGAGAUGAUAAUACUUUGACGACAUGGAAUCGAACCGAUGAUAGUCACAAUUUCACCAAUACGCCGAUCCCAUUAGAGUAUUCCGAUUUCGUAGAUGAUGGACUUUUACCUCAUUUGACGGAUGUAGAUGAUCAGUCUUAUCACUUGAGUAGUGUGGGAAUGCCUUAUUACUCUCAGCAACUUAUUUCAGCAUGGCCCAACUCCAUCUUUAGAAGUCCAGGAACCAUACCCACACCUCUCGAUGAACAUAUGCCCAUCACAAAACCAAGACCUAAAUCAAACCCAGGAGCGUACCCACUUCAAAAGUACGAUAGGUCUAAGUACGGCCGUCGUAAUGCUUUGGAGUCUUAUGUCUGUCUCAAAGAAAUUAGAAAGAAAUUCGCCUCAGGAAUAAUCCCAUCAGACAUGUUGAAAUAUAAAUCUACGGAGGAAUGUGAAGUACCCAAAGCUUAUAUGAAAUUGCCGCUAACGCAUGGUCGUUAUGGAACUGAUAAUUUUGAUUUCCAAGCAUUUAACCAAACAUCUUACUCUACUUUGGAUAAUGACGUCGAUAAUGUCUACACAAAUUCGAUACUACAACUUUACCGCUUUGUCCCAGAGCUUUUCAAUUUUGUAGUAGGUAGCCUAAAGGAUGAAAAUUUUGGCCUACAUUCUUUAUUGACUGAGUUGGGUUAUCUCUACGACAUGAUGGAUAGAUCGAAAGGCAAAGUAUGCCGCUCAGCGAAUUUCCAAUCAACUUUAAAUUCCAUUGAUGGAUUUAAGGAACAAGGACUCACAACACCUUUAAGUACGGAUUUGACGUUUUUGGAAAGAUUAAAGAUUAAUGAUGAGCCAAUCACUUCCCCAUCCAUGGAGAGGCUACGAAAAAGUCUGGUUCAAAAAUUUAAUGAAUUUGUACUACACCGACUGAUGAAUGAAGAGUCUGAGAAGGUUCCUUCCACCGUAACAUUAAAAGAACUUUAUGGAUUUCAAUUAGAUUCUACCAUACGAACAAGUUGUAAUUAUCAAGAAGUUUUGAAAAGUGUGGAGCCUACAUUGACUGUCUUGUCCCCAACAAGAAACAGUAUCAAAUAUGCAAACAAAAAAAUGAAUAGCCAAACAAUUCUUCCCUACAUCGAGUCAUCCAUGAGAAGAGUCAAACACACAACAAGUACAUGUUCGAAAUGUAAUAAGCAAGAGUUAACCACUUAUGAAAGGGUAAUGAGGAAUUUACCGCCAAUAUUGUCCCUUGAUAUUUUACUAUCUGAAUCUGAAUGGGCUGUUGUCAAAUCUGUAAAGAAUUGGCUGUCCAAGGAGUUUUUUGCUGCCAUGACCAAGGAAAAGGCUCUUUUGCAAAGUAGUCCUCAGGAAUUAAGAGGUAUAAGUCCGAUUUUCAAAUAUGAACUUAAUGGAUAUGUUGCCAGAAUAAGUGAUAGAAAUGGUGAGUCUCGCUUGGUGACAUUCAUUCGAAAAUAUGAAUCUGAAGAAAACAUUUUCAAAUGGUAUAUGUUUAAUGGUUAUCUUGCUGUUGAAGUUGAUGAAGAGGAAGCAUUAAACAUUUCCUAUUGGUGGAAAACUCCAGAGACAAUCAUUUAUUGUGAUGCAGAGGAAAUUCGGAAACCAUUUUUUUCUGUGGAUACCUAUCGUAUUAAUUAUGAUGUUCUGUAUCGUAAUCAUUUUGCUAAUGGGGUCGGAAUUACUGCAAAGACCCAAUACGAGUUGUUGUGCAAAGAGGAAGCCCCUAAACCAGGAACUUUGGUUGCUAUUGAUGCAGAGUUUGUUGUAUUGAGUGAAGAGCUCAGUGAAAUUGAUUGUACUGGCGUAAAGACCAUAGUUAAACCGAAAAAAACUGCUCUUGCAAGGCUCUCUGUUCUUAGAUGUGAAGAAGGUGCUCAAUUCGGGGUACCUUUCAUUGAUGACUAUAUUUUCAACAAGGAGCACAUUGAGAACUACCUGACUCGUUAUAGUGGGAUUUCGCCCGGUGAUUUAGAUUUGGAAAAGAGUGACAAACCUCUAGUCUCGAGGGAAGUUACCUAUCGUAAAGUUUGGUUGCUAAUGCAAUUGGGUUGCGUGUUUGUGGGACAUGGUUUGAGCAACGAUUUUAAGCAUAUUAAUAUUAACGUACCAAAAGAGCAAAUCAGAGAUACUGCUCUAUAUUUUUUACGUGGGAAAAGAUUCCUUUCUUUGAGAUACCUGGCGUAUGCUCUCUUGGAUAAGAAUGUUCAAGAGGGAAACCAUGAUUCGAUUGAGGAUGCCUACACGGCUUUGAUAUUAUAUAAAAAAUAUUUGGACUUGAAAGAAAAGGGAACUUUAGAGCAUGUUUUGGACACUAUUUAUGCAGAGGGUAGAGCAUCAAAUUAUAGAGUACCAUUCCAAUAA